AUGAUGGCUGUGACAGAUAAGACGCUAGGCGGAGCAAUGCUCCUCCUUGCAACGUCGGUUUUCUCCUACUACACUAUAUGGGCUAUUCUUUUACCAUUAUUUGAAUCUUCUAAUCCUAUCCACGACAUGUUCCCCUCCCGAGAAUGGGCUGUACGCAUUCCAGCCUUCCUGCUCAUUAUCGGCAUGUCUGCAAUCGGUCUCUUUGUUGGCUCUGCAAUCGUCGCAGAUCCCACUGGUUGUUAG